UAUGUCCACCAGACAGAUACUAAGCAAAGCAAGAUUUUUGGGAAUUGCGAAUCUUGUUAUUUGUGUGUUGUGUGAUGUAAAUCGCGAUUCUCUCUCAUUCUCAAGAAAAUAUCUCAACAGUUUACGAGUCAGUUUACGAAAAAAUAAAAUUAGCGACAAAAAUUUGGUGCAGUAAAUAAAUCGAGAUGAGUGAUAAAGGAACAAACAAAGAAGAAAAAAAACCUAUAAUUAUUAAAAAUGCUACGGACCUUCAAAGACUCAAAUUAGAUAAACUUAUGAAAAACCCCGAAAAACCUGUUGUUAUACCGGAGCCACCAAAACAGAAAUCUCUUCCUUCAGCGCCAGAUUUCGUGCGCAAUGUAAUGGGAUCAAGUGCUGGCGCGGGAUCUGGAGAAUUUCACGUAUAUCGGCAUUUACGAAGAAAAGAAUAUGCAAGACAAAAAUUUAUACAAGAGAAAAGUGAGAAGGAAAAGCUAGAUGAAGAAUACCACAAAAAAAUAGAAGAAAACAGAAGGAUAGCAGAAGAAAAAACGGCAAAGAAGAGAGCUAAAAGAUUGAAAAAAAAGAAUAAAGCAAAACCGAAGGGGAAAAGGCCAAAAACUGACAACAGUCAACAAGUUGCUUCUUCACAAUCUGAUGACAGUGAUGAUGAUGAUAAAUCUGUGGAUGGUGAAGACAAUAAAACUACAGAACAAGAAUCUAGUAAUAAUAUAAUAAAGAAAAAUGAAAAUCCAUAGCAAAAAAAAA